CUGGACGCGCUGGGUGGAUGCGGGGGGCUCCUGGGAACUGGGUUGGAGCCCAGCGAGCGCUAGCCAGGCGCAAGCGCGCACAGACUGCAGCCACCCGAGGCCCCCCCGCGCCCCGGCCCACCCGGAGACACCCGAGCAGAAUCGCCUCUGGAUCCCCGGCAGUCGGCGGGAGUGUUGGAGGUUGACGCGGGCCCCCGCCUUCCGCGGCCCCCACGGGAAGGAAGCGCCCCCCGUAUUAAAACGAGCGGAGCGGAAAGAAGUCUGCAGUCGCCGGCGGGGAGGCGAGCUGAUGCCGAGCUGCUCCGCGUCCACCAUGCCGGGGAUGAUCUGCAAGAACCCAGACCUCGAGUUUGACUCGCUGCAGCCCUGCUUCUACCCGGACGAAGAUGACUUCUACUUCGGCGGCCCCGACUCGACCCCCCCGGGGGAGGACAUCUGGAAGAAGUUUGAGCUGCUGCCCACGCCCCCGCUGUCGCCCAGCCGCGGCUUCUCGGAGCCCAGCCCGCAGUCCUCGUACUGGGCCACCGAGAUGGUGCUGACCGAUCAGGACGUGUGGGGCAGCCCGGCCGAGGAGGACGCAUUCGGCUUGGGGGGACUGGGCGGCCUCACCCCCAACCCGGUCAUCCUCCAGGACUGCAUGUGGAGCGGCUUCUCAGCCCGCGAGAAGCUGGAGCGCGCCGUGAGCGAGAAGCUGCAGCACGGCCGCGGGCCGCCGGCCACCGGCUCCGCCGCCCCGGCCCCGGGAACGGGCGCCGCCAGCCCUGCAGGUCGCGGGCACGGCGGGGCUGCGGGAGCCGGCCGCGCCGGGGCCGCCCUGCCCGCCGAGCUGGCCCACCCGGCAGCCGAAUGCGUGGACCCCGCCGUGGUCUUCCCCUUCCCGGUGAACAAGCGGGAGCCGGCGCCCGCGCCCGCCGCCCCGGCCAGUGCCCCGGCGGCGGGCGCUGCGGUCGCCUCGGGGGCGAGUGUGGCCGCCCCAGCCGGGGCCCCGGUGGCCGCCCCUCCGCGCGCAGGCGGCCGCCCGGCCGGCGGCGGCGACCACAAGGCCCUCAGCACUUCCGGAGAGGACACUCUGAGCGACUCAGAUGAUGAAGAUGACGAAGAGGAAGACGAAGAGGAGGAAAUUGAUGUGGUCACCGUGGAGAAGCGGCGCUCGUCCUCCAACAGCAAGGCUGUCACCACAUUCACCAUCACCAUGCGUCCCAAGAAUGCAGCGUUGGGCCCCGGGAGGGCUCAGUCCAGCGAGCUGAUCCUGAAACGAUGCCUGCCCAUCCACCAGCAGCACAACUAUGCCGCCCCGUCGCCCUAUGUGGAGAGCGAGGAUGCACCGCCCCAAAAGAAGAUUAAGAGUGAGGUGUCCCCACGUCCCCUCAAGAGCAUCAUCCCCCCAAAGGCUAAGAGCUUGAGCCCCCGCAACUCUGACUCGGAGGACAGCGAGCGUCGCCGCAACCACAACAUCCUGGAGCGCCAGCGCCGCAACGACCUGCGGUCCAGCUUCCUCACGCUCAGGGACCACGUGCCGGAGCUGAUGAAGAAUGAGAAGGCCGCCAAGGUGGUCAUUUUGAAAAAGGCCACCGAGUAUGUCCAUUCCCUUCAGGUCGAAGAGCAGCAGCUUUUGCAGGAAAAGGAAAAACUGCAGGCAAGACAGCAGCAGUUGCUAAAGAAAAUUGAACACGCUCGGACUUGCUAAAUGCUUCUCAAAACUGGACAGUCACUGCCACUUUGCACAUUUUGAUUUUUUUUUAAACAAACAUUGUGUUGACAUUAAGAAUGUUGGUUUACUUUCAGAUCGGUCCCCUGUCGAGUUUGGCCCUGGGUGGGGAGCAGGACCACCCGAGUGGGGUUCUGCCAGGACCUCGGAGAGCCUGCGUCUCGGGAUGCUGGUGGCCCUGCGGCCUCCACCUCACCUCCGGGACAGCGGUGGGAGUUCAUGACAGUUGGGAGCCUCUGGGGCUGUUGAAGUCACCUUGUUUGUUCCAAGUUAAAACAACAGAAAGUCAUUCCUUCUUUUUAAAAUGGUGCUUACGUUCCAGCAGAUGCCACGUAAGGGGUAUGCCAUUUGAUGCCCCUGGGGAACAUUUCUGUAAAUACCAUUGACACACCCGCCUUUUGUAUACGUCCUGGGUCAUGAGAGGUGGCUUUUGCGGCCAGUAUUAGACUGGAAGUUCAUACCUAAGUACUGUAAUAAUACCUCAAUGUUUGAGGAGCAUGUUUUGUAUACAAAUAUAUUGUUAAUCUCUGUUAUGUACUGUACUAAUUCUUACACUGCCUGUAUACUUUAGUAUGAUGCUGAUACAUAACUAAAUUUGAUACUUAUAUUUUCGUAUGAAAAUGAGUUGUGAAAGUUUUGAGUAGAUAUUACUUUAUCACUUUUUGAACUAAGAAACUUUUGUAAAGAAAUUUACUAUAUAUAUAUGCCUUUUUCCUAGCCUGUUUCUUCCUGUUAAUGUAUUUGUUCAUGUUUGGUGCAUAGAACUGGGUAAUUGCAAAGUUCUGUGUUUAAUUUCUUCAAAAUGUAUAUAUUUAGUGCUGCAUCUUAUAGCACUUUGAAAUACCUCAUGUUUAUGAAAAUAAAUAGCAAUUAAA